GUUUUCAGCGACGAAGUAAAGCCAACUUUUCUCGAGCCAGAGCCGAUCCUAACUUCCGGGUCGACCCUAGAUGAACCCUUGCCUGUUGACGAACAUAUCGACAGUCAGACAGGUGUUUCCCCUACCAAAAAGGAUUGUGUAGUCACUGUAAGUUCUUCAGCACUAGCUGUGCACCUUUUCCUGUGUAACAAUGACAGCACGCGACCCUGAGAGAGACGCAGCAAGCCCUGACACAAACGUCAGUGUAAAGCUGGAAAAACAACUCGACUACUUCAGCACAGCAGGAAACAGAGAAGACGGAAAGGAAAGAAUCAAUUCUUCCCAGAACACCGAGUCUGAACCCAAAACGGUAGGGGAUGGCGAAGAAGACAAGACAACUCCAGAAAUAAGAACUAACAAAGAUGAGAGCGAAGAAGCGAGUGGUUGUUGCCCCAGCGGUAGUGCGAGUUUCAAGGCGCUAAAGAAGUGUCACCACGAUGGCUGUGGCGAGACGACGGAGAGAAGCAAAGUGAAGACGUGGCUCUGCAAGAAGCACAGAAACAAACUCUACAAGGACACCUACAAGAAAAAGAAAAACGAGCUACCCGGAGGAAUGGUGGGUGAGAUGCUCCUGAAUAACUUGACGGAAAGUUCCGGAGAUGUCGACGCCCCAGUCAGGCAGUGCAACAUGCUGGAGCAGGUCCUCAACGAGAAAAAAUUAACCCUUCUACAGUCUCCAGAAGUUCAGGAAUUUUUUAGACAACAGCAGCAGGAGCUUCGCUCAUCUCAACAUAUGGACACAUCUUGAUACAAGAUUCAUAGGAAAACUUCACAAAAUCAAAUGUUAACAAAAUGGCCAUUUGAAUGAAUAUAUUAAGACACAGCAUCAGUGAAAAACACACAAGACUUAGGUAACAAAGGUACAUGAAUACUGUCACAAGUAACUUGAUGUGAUAUAUAUAGAAUACAACAAGGUGUACAUGAAUUCCAUAUCAACUGAGGUACUUUAGUACCAGCUUUACUGCAUGUGGGAUAACCCGUAGGCUGAUCCAACCUGCAGGAGGGCUGGUAUCCCAGGUUUUGCAGAAUACACUGUAUUGUAUCUUAUUUGUGCCGUACGCACCCAAAAAACCCAUCCUCCUAUACGCCGGAUCCCCAACAGCUGACUGCCCAUAUAAGGGUAAGCUCGUUAAUAUUUAUAAGCAGGGCAGUCAG